CGGAGGGUUACGCGCUCCCGAGGCAAAUCCAACCGCCAGCAGCGUCCGGCCCGUAGCGAGCCGGCCGUCCGCGGAACUGCAGAAAACCCUCCCAAAACCCCAGCGAAUUGACCCCGCCGCCGCCGCCACCCCAAACCACUCGCGCGCUCCGCCGCCGCCGCCGCCGCCAUGGGCUCCUCCGUCAGCCACGCCGCGGCCCCUCCUCCCCCGCCUACCGCCUACGCGGCGGCCCCUCCCCCCUUCGCGGCCGCCGACGCCGCGCCACCGCUGAGGCCCCAUGAGGAGGAGGAGGAGGAGAAGGUGGACUACCUGAACCUCCCGUGCCCCGUCCCCUACGAGGAGAUCCAGCGCGAGGCCUUCAUGGCGCUAAAGCCAGAGCUUUUCGAGGGCGGGCGCUUCGAUUUCACCAAGAUGCUCAACCCAUACUUCGCAUUAAGCCACAGUGUGUUAAUGGGAUCCAUUGAGAUCCCGGCACAGGGGAGUGAUGUGAUCAAGAUCCCCACCUCCAACUACGAGUUUGGCGCCAACUUUCUUGAUCCCAAGAUGAUGCUCAUCGGGAGGCUCUCACAUGAUGGAAGGCUGAACGCACGUGUCAAAUGCGAUCUUACAGAUAAUCUUUCUCUGAAGAUAAAUGCUCAGUUGACAAAUGAGCCCCAUUACUCCCAAGGCAUGUUUAAUUUUGAUUAUAAGGGCAAAGAUUUUAGAUCUCAGUUUCAAAUCGGGAAUAAUGCCUUCUAUGGAGGGAACUAUGUCCAGAGUGUCACAAAGAACCUCUCCUUUGGAACUGAAGCUUUUUGGCUUGGGCAGCAAAGAAAAUCAGGAGUUGGUUUUGUUGCUCGCUAUGACACAAAGAAAAUGGUUGCAACUGGACAAAUUGCCACCACUGGAAUGGUUUCACUUAGUUAUGUUCAGAAGAUAUCUGAAAAGGUUUCCCUUGCAUCAGAUUUCAUGUACAAUCAGAUGACAAAGGAUGUAACAGCAAGUUUUGGUUAUGAUUAUAUGCUGAGACAGUGUCGAUUGAGGGGAAAGCUGGAUAGCAAUGGCAUAGUUUCUGCUCUUUUGGAGGAGCGAUUGACUCCAGGUGUUACUUUUCUUCUUUCUGCAGAGCUUGAUCACUGGAAGAAAGACUACAAAUUUGGCUUCGGUAUGACUGUUGGAGAGUAAGACAACUUGAGCAGUUCUUCGAGACACAUGUACAAUCAUAGUGGUUGGCAUUUGUGAGCAAGGAUUAAGACGAUCUUUUAGCUUUGUUGCAUUUAUUUGUCUUCGGUUCUUUAUUUAGCUGCUAUGGGGCCUUGGGCCGCGUAGAGGCGCCUCUUGAUUGUAUUGGGCACAUUACUUGACUUGCGUAGAUUAAUGUAGUCAUUCACAUAUGUUACACUAGAAGAGGGAAACCUGAAUAUCUCUCUUUUUUUUUGCGAGGAGAAACCUGAAUAAAGAACCUUGAUUAAUGUA